AUGAACCUACAAGACUUUCUAGCUAUGGAGGAAAGCCGCGACCACGACGAGCUAAUCGACCUCCGCAGCCUUGAUCUCGUCUCCGAGUACGACUCGCACCUGAUGUGCCCGAUAUGUCACUGUCCCUUCGUUGAACCCGUUCGUCUACAAUGCGACCAUGUCUUCUGUGGGAGUUGCCUCAGUUCGGCCAUCACCAGCUUCCGCUCGGCCGACUCGGACGAGUUUCCGUGUCCCUCCUGCCGAAAUCCCACCCAGAAAGUGUCGACUAGUGUGCCCCGCCUGCUGAUCAACAUGUGCGACGAGAUCCGAGUGAGGUGUCCAUUGAUCACAGAGGGCUGUCAAGAGAUUAUACCCCGGGGCCAUGUCCAGUCACAUGUCGAGAAGUACUGUGGGUACCGGCUAUUGCCGUGCCCAGAUGAAUCAUGCGAUCAGAUGACGCGAAGCAAGGACGUUGGGAUGGAUCAGAAGUGUAUUCAUAGAGUGCGACGGUGCUAUUAUUGCGAAGAAGAUGUUCUGGAGCACGAAUACGAGGAGCAUGAGAAAGAACUUUGUCCAGUUCUUGAGGUCUCAUGUGUCGACUGUGAAACGGUUGUCACCAGAGGAGCACUGAGAGAGCACGUUGAAUCGUGUCCGGAGGUUGCAGUUCCCUGUACAGCAUCCAAGUACGCAUGCCCGGUUAAGAUCCGACGGGCAGACAUUGCAGCACAUGAACAAAGCUGCCCAAUAGUUACAAUGGGCCCAUACUUUGAGAAGCAGAAUACCCGACUCAAUUCCCUUGAAUCAAGUAUGCGACAUCUACAGCAACGCAAUGAGAUAUUCGAGGAUGGGCUGGCAAAUAUUCGGUCCACUCUCGUCGAAUCCACGCGCUUGGGUGCAAACAGUCACAGCGGUGGCCAAUCUACCCAAUCUGACCGAGAACAGCAAUCCUCCACUCGCGUCGACGUCCACACAGAUGAUCCUGCGGACAUUGCUGCGAGUGUAUUCUCUUCCAAUGCCACGACCUAUCUACUCUCACUACACGAAUCUCUUCGGGAAGAGGUCAACCAACUCUCACAUGCUAUCACAGACCUAGAUGCUCGCGCCAGUAUGGCUAUCAUGAAUGAAUGCCUGCGCAUCAAGGAAGACAUGGCCCACACGAAUGCGGCAGUCAACAGUGUCCGCAUGCAAGUCCAGUGGCUCAUGGAUCCUCGCCUUCACCAGGGGACGCAAAGGGGAGCUGUUCGCACCAACACUGCAGACCGCGACGGAGCGCGGACACAGGUGGCAUCACCAGCGGCUGGGCCGAGCCAUGCUGCCGGUCAGUCCCUGGGGCCUCUUCGGCCUAGGCGUCCCAGUGACAGUGGACGCGAGGGGACGAAGCUGUGA